AUGAAGUUCGAUCUUUUAGCAACUAUUGCCCUGGCUUCUGUCAUGGGCGUGGAUGCAGCCCAAGAACCCUUUUACUCUAAUCCAAAGCCCUACAGUCAGGACUUUACUGAUAACUACAACUUCUUGAAGUACACCACUUGGAUGGGACCCUGGUCUCAGCGCCGUGGAGUAGGCAUCAACAGAGACCCACCCAAAGGCUGUAAAGUCGAUCAGGUUGCCAUGAUGCACCGCCAUGCCGAGCGAUACCCUGCAAGUUACGCCGCGAAGAACAUGGACAAAGCCCUGCAAAAGUUUGACGACGUGAAGGGCAAACUCAAAGAUGACCUUGAGUUCCUGAACUACUGGGUUCCUUUCGUUCACGCUGACGAUGGUAUCAUCGGCCAAGAGUCCAUGUAUGGCGCGUACUCGGGUUGGCUUGAUGCAUACCACCGGGGUGCACUAUACCGCACACGGUACGGUCACCUAUGGGACGGUCAGUCCACUGUUCCCAUGUUCACCAGCGGUUUUGAGCGUGUCGCUCAAACGGCGCGUAAGUUUGGCCAAGGCUUCUUUGGUUUCAAUUACACGGACGUGGUGGCUUUGAAUAUCUAUCCCGAGACUGCUGAGCAAGGAGCCAAUACUUUGACUGCAGUGUGCAAUAUUCCUAACAACGCAACAGCGUGCGAAGUUCCGACCGAGGACGCAAAAACAGAGUGGCCUGAAGAUCCUCCUUGGGUUUACCCUGAGUUCGAACAGGCAGCCAAGCGUCUUAACAAGGCUAAUAAGGGACUGAACCUCACAGCCGAGGAUAUUCCCCAGCUUAUGUCUAUCGCUCCGUUUGAGCUCAACGUCCGUGGCUCCAGUCCAUGGGUUGGUGCUUUCACUGCCGAAGAGUGGGCCGCUUUCGAGUAUCUUCACUCUGCAUUUUACUACUGUUACGCAGGACCUGAGGCACCCAGUAGUCUUGCCUUGGGCUCCAACUACCUCAAUGCUACUCGUGUGCUAUUCAAUCAGGGUCCCCAGGAUUCUAUGCCUAUGAUUUGGUCUUUCGCUCACGAUACUGAUAUCACUCCAGUUGUGACGUUACUGGGAUUUGCCAAUGACGAAAAAUUCGAUCCCACCAAAGUAUCCUAUGGAUCUAGAUGGGAUGUUACGGAUAUUGUCCCUGAAGGUGCCCACCUUGUUUUCGAGAGAUUGGUGUGUGAGGACGAUGAAGAUGACGAGUUGGCCAGUCUCGCCAGCGAAUACCCUUCGUCUUUCAACGCUUCCUCGGUAAAUGCAACUUAUGCCACGAAUGCGACCUACCCUGGAGCGUCGAACCCUAACAAGGGUAAAAAUGAAAAUAUUUAUGUGCGCAUUGUUCUUAAUGAAGCUGUUGUACCCCUCCCAGCCUGUAACUCUGGCCCUGGUAAGUCAUGCAAGCUUAGUGAUUUCUCCGAGUUCGUUGAUGGUGCUAUCAAAGACGUUGAUUUCGUCAAAACAUGCAACGUUUCGGAUAGUGCUCCUCACACCAUGACAAUGUUCUGGGACUAUAAUACCACCAACAGUCUUGACUAUAACUCCUACCCGAUUCCCUACCAAGCCGGACUUCUCGAUUCCGAUGGCCAGCCUAGUGAUGACAAGUCGGACUACUAA